AUGGGCGCCCUCCGCGCCGGCUUCUUGGCCAAUGCCCUUGUGCCUAUGCUCAUCCUCCAUGCUGCGGUCACCAUGGCCAUACCGCUCAACACUACCGCCGUUAGCUCCACCGAAAACUGCGUUUGGGAGUUCAGCCCAACCAUCUGUGGCGAAGGAGUCAGCUACCAGGAGCUCGCCUAUCCUCGACAGCAGAGCUGCAUUCCUCUCCCAACCCCAAUGAAGAAUGUCUGGACGAACGAGUGCUCCAGUUGGUUCGGUGAGCCAGACUGCCUUCCCCUGCCAAACAACCCUCAUUUCAUGUUGAUACAUACGCUGGGUAUGGAACAACUCGUGGAACUGGCACUGACUCGCAUGAAUUAG